AUGGAACAUUUGACGGAGGGAGCUCAACCUCGAAGUGAUAAAAACAACGAGGAACUUGCCGACUUCUCAGGCUGCGUCGAGGGCCUUCCCCCGGUUUCUCAUGUGGAGGUAAUGCAGUACUUGGCGCACAUGCGGAAGGCGACGAACCAGAAUGUAGUGGUUCAGAUGCCGAAGAGUCAUUCGGCAAAGUACAAUCCCCAUCAUCUGGUACUGGCGGGGUUGUCGUCAUCACUGGGUCAUCAUCAUCUUCGACGAGCGCUGGAAAGGAAGGGAGGGAAGUUGCUGGUUGAGGAGAGCUAG